AUGAAGCUGAGCCUGUGUCUCCUGAUCAUUCUGGCUGUUUGUUGCUAUGAAGUUAAUACCGACCUGCUCUGUGAAGCUGUUGCCCAUGAAAGCAUAAGCUUAUUAUUAAAUAGUGAGAAAGAAGUGAAGAAGGAACUUGAGAUAUACAAUGCAUCUCAAGCGGCUGUUGAAGCAAAACUAAAAGUGAAGAGAUGUGUGGACCAGAUGAGCGAUGAAGACAAAUUUAUAGUAGCAGAGAGAUGGGCACAAAUUAUACUGGACUGUAGUGUGAAUGCAUGGAUAGACACCUAUUAUCCUGAGAUUGAUUUCCUCUUCUAG